AUGUACCGCCUUGCAGCUGCACGGCUUGCGUCGCUUCAAGCACGAUCCCAUGGCCCCGCGCUUUCGGAGAUCCCCCGAGCGAAGUUCAAGCAGGGCCUUGGCGACGUGGCUCUCAGGGCCUCGAAGCAGCCGCUGCAGGGCGCUCCCGAGGUCAGUGGAUCGCAAGUUUCCUCGAGCUCCAACAGUUCCUUCCAGGGCGGGAUCCCCUUCUACCAGCCGAAGGAUAGCACCAAAGACUUGAAAGUUUUCAGCGACGCUAUCACCGGUCACCUCCAGAUUGUGCUAAGUUGCAUUUCUCUCACAGACCAGGACUUGCUAAGUUGUGCCGGACAGACUGAAAUUCAAAUCGUGCAGCUUGUCUGUUCCGCACAGACGGUCGCGUGCAAACUGGCAACUACAGCUUGCAACGCUUUAGAGAAGCUUCCGACACUGCUGUGGGCGGCACGGGGUCACGGAAGUACUGAGCUCUCCGAUUGCAUAGCUGAGCUUAGUGGCAACCUAGGUACUCUGCGAAAGGAGACACAGGGAAUCCGCUCUGACUAUAUUGAUUUGCUCACGCAGGUACAGUACAUGGGGCACUGCACACAGGUCACAGUGGAUCAGACGGUGAUGAGUCUUCUUCCGGAACCCUCCGAGAAAGAAGACGGGAGCAUGGAGUGCCAAAUUCCACCCAACCUGGCUCUCGAGCCUCAAGAAGGGAACGAAGAGUCACAGAAGUAUCUGGAACUGACACUUUUGCACUUGGAUUACAUGAGCCAGAUUUUGGAGGAAUGCUCUGACUUUUGGCUGAUGUUGCACCAAGCAGAGCUGCAGCUCCGGAAGCUGGAGAAGGCAGACGGCACCAACUCAGAGCUCUACCCAGGAGACCGCAAAUUCUGGUCGGAGAUCUGCUCAGAACUCUUUUACCACCUGAAGCAGCAGUCGCCAAGAAACAUCAGCCUCGUGCUCUCAAGCUUGGCACGCAAGCAGCUGCGUGAUGUCGAGUUGUUGGACCAUGUGGCGGCCCACCUUGAUGGGCCCUGGCUGACCUGCUUCAACAUCCAGGAAGUUUCUCGUGAGAUCCCCUAG